AUGGCUCCCCUGCGAACAAUCACGCUGGCGGGCUCGGCACCCGUCCAGACGACGCUCACGCUCGCCGUCGUGCUCGACGCCGCCGCAACAGGAGCAGUCGGCACGCCCGACCUGUCGCGGCUCGCAGCGCCCAGCUCGACAGCCCUCGUCGCCGACCUGAUUGACGCGGCCGCGGCACUACUACGACACGUCGCGAGCAUCGCCUCCCCGAUCCACUUCCUCAUCGGCGCGGUCCUCGCCAUCACCCUCAUGGCCGUGCUAGAGUUCGCAUACAUCGCCCUCGGGUCCCGCCAAACCAGAGCCCACCCCGUCGACCCCGUCGCUGUCGAACUCGUCGGCGGACAACGCGGCCGCCUCCGCGCCAGACUGUAUCGCAAAGCAUGA